UACAGUGGAUACCAGAGGUUGAAGUAGUGACUUGUAUUGGAGAUGCAUUAGAGAGAGAGAAGAGAGAGAGAGAGAGAGAGAGAGAGAGAGAGAGAGAGAGAGAGAGAGAGAGAGAGAGAGAGAGAGAGAAGCUAGGAGAGGUCUCCUGACCUCAGGGUAGGACCUAGGGAAGGUUAAGUUCUGGUGACAGGAGGACAUGUGUUCCCAAGGAUCGGUCUUCCACUUUCUGAAAACCAGGAGACUUCAGUAUACUGGGGCCCAUGAAGGAUUGGUAAGACAAGCCUCUAGGCCUGCCCCUAGGGUUUAUUUGGCAGUCCAGGAGAUUAAAUUCCUCAGAACUGUGCCAGCCAGUAGAAGGGGUCUGGGUAACAGGCAGCCUAGCCUGAAAGAGCUGCCUCACCUUUCUCGUGGCAAGAAGCCAGAGCAUCUCCCACGGCUUACAAGCUCUGUUAGCGAGGGCCAUUCCCCUGACCCUAAAGUUCGUCUGUACAACCUUCGGGGUGACUCUGUUGAAGGUCUGGGGCACAGGUGGACAUUUGCUGGGCACAUGGGUUUGCUGAAGACUGGACCCGAAGUAGUAACAGCAUGGGAGGCCCAGGCGAAAAGGAGAACAGUGACAUUGCUUAGCAAAGCCAGAAAGCAAACAGAAAAAGCCCCAAACCCAGGAGACACCAGGAAGUUCCUGGAGCAAGAGGUGGUUGUGAGUACCAAAAACCCAAGCGAGAAAUGGCAGCCAAAAAGGAGCUUGGAGGAUCUGAGGUGGGACCAUCUGGGAGAAGCAGGGGACACAGAAGAACCCAGACAGCCACAGGAACUUUGCAGAUGCAGCAAUCACGUUCCUCCUCUUGAAGAAAACACCUUUUUGCAGGGCAAGAAGAUCAAGCCCCAUUCUAGACAUCCAAUGCAGAUGCUGUGCCCCACAUCGCUUAGAGAGGAGGAGCCUGGAGAAGAGCUGAAACCAGUGCCACCAGACAAGGACAAACUGAAAGACUUGAAAGCCUCCAAAGAAAGGGAUGCACAACCUCAGUUCCUGUGGGAAGAUACUUUCCUGGAGGGACAAGCAAGGGUUUUGGACCAGAAUCUGUGGGCAGAAGCUAAAUCCCAGUUCCUAAACAGGAGGAAGAUGCAGGUCUUGGAGGUGUUGGCCAAAUCUCAUGAUAAAGAAUUCUGUGCAGUCAACACCAGAGGGAAAAUACAGCUGUCUUUUCAGGACAACAAACAGGGUGUUUCAGGAAGAAACAUAGUGAGGCAUAAGUGGCAGCCCAGGGAGGAAGGCUGGGACCCCACAAUCCAGGGGACCCCAGUCACCCUUGCAGUUCGGGCACACACUUAUCUCCCCUCAGGGUUCAAAAGAUGAGUGUGCUCCAAAGACCAGGCUGAGCUUGUC